GGAACUGACGUCACGACGUAACUUUAAAGCGAGGCUUGAAACGCUUACUUUUUUGAGAUUCAUUUUAAAUAGAGGCUUGGUACGCAUUAUGUCAGGUUCAUUGGAGUCAUGUGACCAGCUCCUGGCCAGCUGAUUUAUAAAUGCCUAAAUAGGACAAUACAUGAUGUAUUCAUUUCCAAUUUAUAUUAUAAUUAUAAAGGGAAUUGUAAAUGUUAAAGCUGAAAUAGAACUGAUUUGGAGAUUAAUCCAGUUUUAUAAUCUUGCCCAAAAUGUAUUGUACUGUCUUCACAGUUUAGUAAAUUAACCCAUAUUUAGCUUUCUCCAAGGGUUUCUUAUAAACUGUGCUAAUACUGGACUAUGUGACAAUAUAGUUACUAUAUAACACACGUGGAGUUAGUGUAAACCGCCCUUGGAAAGUGUACCUCACAAACACUCUAAAAGUUAACUAACACAAAAAAAAAUAUAUACCCCAACGAGAUAUAUAAAAAGGGGGGGUAUCAAAUACGCAUGAUUUCUCUAUGUGUGUAAGUGCAACCUUGAAUUAUAUUUGUAUUUUUACUAUUUGUUCCUCUUUUUAUAUUGUUUGAGGAGCAGUUUCAGAAGACACUAGCCAUCCUGAUACACCCCUUGAGGGGAGACAGGCCCAUUUUAUCCAGUGAUCUCGUAAGUUCUCUACGUCCUGGAUUCUCCGGGGACAGCAUAACAUACUUCACCAUAUUCAGUCUCUUUAUUUUUAGAUUCCAUAUUGUAUUCAUAUCUAUCCUGAUUUUCAGGUUGUAUGUUCCCUUAACAUCCUCUAUGUGUAUUUGAUACCCCCCUUUUUAUAUAUCCCUUUGGGGUAUAUAUUUUUUGUGGUGGUGUACUAAUACUGGGUCUCAUUGCCUUUGGCUUCAAUCAGCACAAAUGACUGUGCACAAUCUUACAGUACAAUGGCAGGUGUAUUCUAUUUCUUUACUGCCUGGAACUGUGAAUGUAGCAGGGGGGACUGAUGUGGUAUCUGUUACAAGUAGCUUGGAAGCAGGAAUUAUUUAAGAGUCUGUAGUCACAUCUACUUCUGCAUUUUCUUGUAAUCAUUUAUUGUUACCUUACGUUAACACUUCAAGAGGAAUUUUAACCAUUGAGUUUGUGAUACGUUUGUUUUUACUCAACCAAUGGAUUCAUACCCUCCACGUGACUCUAUUUAGGAAGGACAUUCCAUAUUUCGGGUCCAAAUGCCUUUGUUCCUCUUUUUCUAGGAGCCCCAUAUUGUUGGUGUGUCUAAACAGAGCUCCACAGCUCUAAUACUUACAGAAACAUGUCUUUAAACUGCAAUAAAUGUGUUUAGAAAUCAGCCUGUGUGAAUAAGAUCGGUUAUUCCUGUUCUAUAUGGUAUUUCAAUCGCAUAAACAGUUGUUAGUAAUUUACCUAAACUUUCUCAGAAUAGCUCCGCCCCUGGUCACGCCCCUAAAAUUAAAGUGUCACUAUUAUUCCAUUAUAAAUGUUGAGUGGUAUAUGGAUUACAAUUAUUCAAAUUGUAUGCUAUACCUUGGCAUACCUUGAUUACUUCAUAUAUGAUGUAAAUUUAAAGAAACUGUGUGGCUGAAAACAGAGUUGUCACCAGUUUAUAGGUAACAGAUUACCUUUAACAAACAAGAAAUAACAGACAGUUGUCACGAAACCUGCAGCCCAAGGAAGCGGGCUUGUACCCAUGUAAGAAUCAAAUCAAAGGCAAAGGGGUGCCCUGACCAAACAACUGAGAGAUGUUGGAACUACUUAAUGAUGGGGCACCCACAGCGCAAAGAUUGUCAGCAAAUUCCAUUCUUCUUUUAAAGGAACAGUGCCUAAAGAUAGUUUUUAUUUAUUUAGGUAUUUCUAAUGUCGAAAAAGUCAGUGGGACUUGCUUCCAUUAUGUCGUCUGUCAGUAAUGUAGAACCUGAGAAUAGAUACUGGAAACCAAUAUUGCCCGCAACCCCUUUGUUCCUCUUUCUGCGUCAGCAUCUGAUCAAACAGGAAAUCAUUUGCAACUGUUUUUCUGCAAGUGCAGUUCGACAUAAUGCAUCUUUUACUUUGUUGCUGUUCUUUAUUUUUAUUUUGGUUGAGCAAUUCCAGUGAACAAGAAAUAUAACUGGUAUUUUCUUUUGCUACCGCUGACCUGAGAUCUUUUUUGUUUAACUUUCUCCCACCCUAAGUCCACCGGUGAAGUGACAGUCACUUGGUGAUUUUGUAAUGUGUAUUAUUUUUAUAUUCCUACAUAAUUAGUAAUGAGUGGUAUCCUGAUACAUAUUUUGAAAUGAUGUGGUAUCCUGAUACACAUGUUAGAAUUUCCAAAACCUAAACUUUUAGUUAUAAACAAAAGCUGGCUGCACUAGGCUUUUCAUAUUCUCUAGCAACACAUACAGCAGGAUUGAAAAUUUCCACUUUCCCGUAGCCAUUGGCGAGUGAAACUGUAUCCCUGGCAAAUAGGAUUCCACCCAGGGUGAGAGUGCCAUGGACCAUCCAAGCUUGUGGUGGCAAACAAGUGUUAAGACCUGCUUAGCCAUUAUGUCAUCAAUGUCUCACACUCCAUAGAAAGGACUAAUGUCACUUCACACAUUAGCAGAAUUCUGGACUUCCUAUAGCUCUUAUAAGGGGUUUAUAUAUGAAACCAGAAACUGAAUGUCAGAUAUAAGUUAACGUUUCUGUGGAAAAGUGUGCUAUUGUGGUGGAAUCUCGGUAAAAAUAAAUUUAGUGGGCCGAGAUUACCACGUGGCAUGUGUACGUGCAUAUGCUGACGUAUCGAUCAGUUGGUUGCACGAGGCAAGAUACGAUCAGUAGUGUACGGAGCAUGUGCAAGAAUACAGGAUGUAGUAUUCCCCUCCUCCAUUGUGCUGGACAAGCCAUGCGGUCAAGCAGGAAGUUAAUUCUUAUUUGUAAUGAUUGGUCAAGAGAAUGUGCGGGUGGAGCUUAAUAUGGGAGGAGUUAUGUGCCUAUAUAGGGAGCCUGCACUAUUGUUCAGGGCUCAGAACUUGCUGUAUUUUUGGUGACAUUAGUCCCUCUGAGUCCCGAUCGGUGAUCCAAUAAAGAAUCUCUUCCUUCCUGAAGAAACCUGUGUCCAUCCCUCUGUGCUUUGCUUCCGUCAGUUUCUCCGGUAUCAUUUGGUGCAUUGGCCGGGAAGCUCAUCGUUCAACGGUAGCUGAGAGGCAGAGGCGUGAGACGGUCUAUCUUUGCCCACGUUCUCUACGGCUGCACCCCUGAACUUCUGCGUGGACCUCCCUUCGUCUCGGCGCCACUGGUCUGUUGUCCAGGAGAUCAUCGGCCUCUACGUAAGAAGUGCUGGGGUGUCCCCGUCGAUGAGUGUGAACUCAGGUUCAGGAACGAGGAGGUAAGACAACUGCUGUUUUAGACGGCAGACCCACUAGGGGUAUACCGAUUGUGCGGUAGGCCCAAAAGGGGUUUAAAUCUGUGUAUGGAAUCUGCCCCCUCUGUCGGAGGGAAGGAGCGAAGGCGCACCGCUCGAUCGAACGCUCUUUAGUAAGACCGUUUGAUCUGGUUAGUCAGGCGGGGUCCUGUGUAAAUAGCCCUAGCCGGACACCGGUGUCUUGUCUAGACUAGCGUUCUAGGGUGUAUAUUACGUUCGCUAGGUCGGAGGGACCGGGAGACUAAGCGGCGCCUGUGUAAAUUCGGUUCGCUAGCUCUCAACCUAUCUUGGCUAAGUGGGAAGGCGUGUAAAUUUGGAACCCACUAGACUUUUGAUAGAGUAAAUAGACUAGAAGGGCAAUUUUGUAAAUUCCGCCCUCUAGUUCGCUAUAUGUGGUGCUUGGGCAGUGUGGCUAACCAAAACGGGUGUAUAUAGUUUUAGGUAGUCCAUUCAAGGUACUGGCCAAUAGUUUAGUUGGGAUUGUAAAUGUGUUAAAGAUUGUUAGUAAAGUGUAUAUCUUGUUAGAUAGCGCGAGCUCAGCCGUCUAGCGAGAGUGUUAAUAGUGUGUUGUUGUAUCAUAGUGCACGGUACCAUAACCCUGUAUAUUUACUGACACUGUAUAUAAGUACUAAUCAUUGUCGUCUAUUGCAUGUUUAACACCGUAACCACUAAUAAUUGUAUUGUGACCUUAAAUUGUGCUUUGACCUAUGCUAACCGUACUGUAACCGAUACUAGUAAAAGACGAUGUUACUGGGGUGUGUUAUAGACGGGUAAUUCAUAUAUAGAGAAUUAUAGCGUGGGUGACUGUAUAGUUUCGCCAAAGGGCAUAAUAUUGAUUAUUUAGUGACUGGUGUAACAGCUGUGUGUGUACGGGAAUUCCCUGAGUGAUUAUUGUGUUAUUGUGUACGUUUCACUCGGUAACUGUACCACGUGGUGCUGUUGCCAGAGGAAACGGGUGUGACUGUUGAAUAAGAACGCGUGCAUAGUAUUCGUUGUCAACGACGUUCCAUUGAUAAGUAUGGGCGCGUCAGAGUCAACGAUUUCGGAUCCCUUAGGUUGUAUGGUAAAGAAUUUUAAAAAGGGAUUCAAAACAUGUGAUUUUGGGGUUAAAAUGUCUCCUGUACGUUUGGUCACUUUGUGCACUAGGGAGUGGCCUACUUUGGUUGCGGCAUGGCCGCCGCGUGGCAGUUUGGAUCCAACCCUGGUACAGCGUGUACACGUGGCUGUAUCAGGUAGGCCUGAACUUUACGGACAGUUUCCAUACAUUGAUUGUUGGAGGCAGGCCGUAAACGACUCGCCAAAAUGGAUCCGGAUAUGCCACGAGGAGCAAUGUCGCCUCAUGGUGGCCAGGACUUGUUUGUCCACUAGGACUGGUGUUAGGCCCAUUUUGGACACGCCCCCUGAGUCCGAGAUCCCUUUGCCGCCCCCUUACUUUCCUUUAAGAGGAAGUGACGCGAAUGCAGGAAGUUCUGCACCCCUUCCCCUAUUGCCCCCAUCCACUUCCGCUUCCUCCUCCAGUACAGAAUCCACCCCACCUCGUAUUAAAACUCCCCUUCCGGAACCAGGACCAACCCCCAUUAGAUCUGAAUAUCCUGAUUUGGCGCCACUUCAAACUUCCGGUCAAGCUUCUUCUAGCUCGGCUCGGAGUAUACUAUUCACUGACUUUUCCCAAAAUCAAGUUCCCACAUCCUCAUGCCCUAUUACCUCUCGACCGGAACCUUUAACUGACGCCCCUCCACGUAGCCCCAUACUAACCCGACAACUGACCGGUACCCAACAAUUAAAACAUUAUCAGAUGCCUCUUCGUCUGAAUCCUGGGUCAGCCUAUAUCGAUGCCGCAGGUCAAAUGGCACAUGCUGACCCAGUCUUCGUAUAUGUCCCGUUCACGACUACCGAUCUCUUGAAUUGGAAGACCCACAAUUCCUCGUACACUGAGAAACCACAAGCUAUGACCGAUCUGUUCACCUCGAUAGUUCAGACACAUAACCCGACAUGGGCUGAUUGCCAGCAGUUAUUAAUGACAUUGUUCAAUAAUGAGGAAAGGACAAGGAUUAACCAAGCGGCCAUUAAGGCGCUAGAGGAGAGAGCCCGUGCUUUAAAUCAAGCCAAUCCGGCAGCAUGGGCCGCAACACAUUACCCUAACACCGAUCCUGACUGGAAUGUAAAUGGCGCAGAUAUGGCUCAACUUAAAGCCUAUAGAGAUGCUAUAAUUGCUGGUAUGAAAGCCGGAGGGAAGAAAGCUAUUAACAUGUCGAAGACAGUUGAGGUGAUUCAGAAAAGUGAUGAAGCGCCCAGUGUCUUUUAUGACCGAUUAUUGGAGGCAUACCGCUUGUAUACCCCCUUUAAUCCGGAAGACGCUGAUAAUUCCCGAAUGGUAAACUCCGCCUUUGUCAGCCAAGCUUACGGAGAUAUUAAGCGCAAGCUACAGAAAUUAGAAGGGUUUGCAGGUAUGUCUAUCACCCAACUAAUGGAGGUAGCGAACAAAGUAUAUAUGAAUAGGGAAACAGAAAGUAAGAAAGAGGAAGAGCGCAAGAUGCGUAGAAAGGCAGAUAUGCUAGCGGUAGCGAUCGCAGGCGUAGAUAGACGGGGCCCAGAUAGAGGCGAUGGUAGAUGGAAUAGGGAGCCUUUGAGUAGGAAUCAGUGCGCGUACUGUAAGGAAGAAGGGCAUUGGAGGAACGAGUGUCCGCAAAGAGAGCAGUAUGAGAGAGACUUACCCAGGGCAGGUUACGGAAACUUUAGAGGCAGAGCGAGAGGUAGAGGAGGCCCCGGAGGGAGUAAUGGUAAUAGAGGGAGUAAUGGGAACAGAGGAAGUGUAAGGGAAGAUAGGUACUAUCCAGCAGCGCAAAGGUCCCGCGAUAGAGAAGGUAGGGACUUUGUGGGAUUGGCUGACACGGUCAUGGAGGACUAUUGAUACCGACCGGGCUCCAUCCCCCUUGGUCGAGCGGAGCCUAUGGUCGAUGUAUCAAUAGGGGGAAAAAGGAGUGCGUUCAUGAUCGACACUGGUGCUGAACAUUCGGUGGUGACUAAUCUAGUUGCUCCUCCAUCUGGAAGAAUUAUUACUGUAAUAGGAGCAACUGGAAGAAGUGCUGAAAAACCGGUUCUUAAAAGUCGACUCUGUACAUUGGGAGGCCACGUAGUAAAACAUCAAUUCCUUUAUAUGCCUGAGUGUCCAGUCCAAUUGCUGGGGCGUGAUAUGCUAUCCAAAUUACAAGCGCAGAUUACGUUCCUACCAAAUGGAACAACAUCCUUAAAGUUUAAUGGACCCUCAGGUAUUAUGACAUUGUCCGUACCAAAGGAAGAAGAGUGGCGACUUUAUACAGUGUUGACUAGCCAAAACCCGAGGAGUGAUGAAUCCUUAUUUAAUAUACCAGGAGUUUGGGCAGAGAACAACCCACCAGGACUGGCCCGCAAUAUUCCACCUAUUAAAAUCGAACUAAAACUUGGGGUUUAUCCAGUAAGCCUGAGACAAUAUCAUAUUCCGCAGAAGGCUAAGAAGAACAUCCAAUCUUAUCUGGAUAAGUUCAUACGGUAUGGUAUCCUAAAAUUCUGUACUUCCCCCUGGAACACCCCAUUGCUGCCUGUUCAAAAGCCCGGUACAGAUGAGUAUCGACCUGUGCAGGACUUGAGAGCAGUCAAUGAUGCGGUUGUUAGUAUACAUCCAGUCGUGCCCAAUCCAUAUAACCUGCUUGCUUUAAUUCCGGGCGGGGCUACUUACUUUACAGUCUUAGAUCUCAAAGAUGCCUUCUUUUGCCUCCGAAUUGCCGCAGAAAGCCAAUGUAUCUUCGCUUUCCAAUGGGAAAAUGCUGUAACGGGCUCGAAACGCCAAAUGACCUGGACAAGAUUGCCCCAGGGGUUUAAAAAUUCACCUACCCUAUUUGGUUCAGCUCUAAGUCAAGAUCUACUAGAUUUCGAGUCUAUCCCAGGAGAGUGUGUAUUAUUACAAUAUGUAGAUGACUUGUUGAUAGCAGCAGUUACAAAGGAAGUAUGUCAGCAAGCAACGCACGAUCUACUACACAUUCUCUGGAAGGCAGGAUACAAGGUGUCAAGAAGGAAGGCUCAGUUGUGUUUGCCAACUGUCAAAUAUCUGGGAUUCCAUAUCUCUGAAGGUCAAAGAAUUAUGGGGCCAGAGAGAAAAGAAGCUGUGUGCCAAAUACCGAUACCCAGGAAUAGAAGACAAGUGCGAGAAUUCUUGGGGGCAGCAGGCUUCUGUAGGAUAUGGAUUCCCAGCUACGCGAUACUGGCAAAACCACUGUAUGCAGCUAUCAAAGGUACAGAGCACGACCCCUUCUUAUGGACUCAAGAACAGCAAACGGCAUUCGAAGAUGUGAAGAGGGCUUUGAUGAGUGCCCCAGCAUUAGGUCUACCUGACCACACACGGCCAUUCUACCUGUAUGUACAUGAGCAAAGAAGAAUGGCUGUGGGAGUAUUGACACAGUACUUGGGAUCAUGGCAAAGACCUGUUGCCUACAUGUCUAAGCAACUGGAUGCAGUGGCCAGCGGACUUCCACCUUGUCUAAGAGCUGUAGCUGCAGCCGCCCUGCUAGUAGCUGAAGCCGAUAAACUCACUCUGGGUCAAGAACUUUAUGUACGAGUUCCACAUGCAGUACAGACGUUGUUGGAUUACAAAGGAAAUCAUUGGUUUAGUAACAGCCGUAUGACCAAGUAUCAAGCAAUGUUGUGUGAAAACCCAAGAGUGCAUUUAGAGACUGUAAAUACCUUAAAUCCAGCUACCCUUUUGCCACAACCUACUGAAAGUCAACAUGAUUGUUUGGAAGUAAUGGAUGAAGUAUUUUCAAGUAGACCAGAUCUUCGUGAUUUUCCCAUCCAGAACCCUGAUGUUCAAUAUUACACCGACGGCAGUAGUUAUGUAAAAGAAGGGAUCCGCUAUGCAGGAUAUGCAGUAACAACGAUAGACAAGGUGAUAGAAGCUCGGCCACUGGCAAAAGGAACAUCAGCACAAAAGGCAGAAUUGAUAGCACUGACACGAGCGUUACAAUUGGCUGAAGGUUUAAGAGUGAACAUCUACACGGACUCCAAGUAUGCGUUUUUAACCACUCAUGCCCACGGAGCUUUGUAUAAAGAAAGAGGACUAUUGAAUUCAGAAGGCAAAGAAAUCAAAUACGCAGCUGAGAUCCUACAACUAUUGGAAGCAGUGUGGGAGCCGAAAGAAGUCGGUAUUAUACAUUGUCGGGCGCAUCUGAGAGGAGAUGGUGAUGUAACCAAAGGGAAUCGGAUGGCAGAUAGUGCAGCUAAGCGUGCUGCUGAAUCAGGAAGACAGGAAUAUGUGGGGCAUAUAGCUGCUCUUAUACCAACUCCACUGUCUCAAUGGACUCCAAUUUAUACAGCUCAAGAAGAGGAGUGGUUAAGGACUGAACCUGGAAAGUAUUUGGAGAACAAAUGGUAUCAGUUAGAAGAUGGAAGAAUAGUUAUUCCAGCAUCACUAGCGGUAGAAAUUGUCCAAAACUAUCAUAACGGGACACAUUCUGGGAGAGACAGUACAGAAGAAUCUCUCAGAAAACAUUUCUACAUACCAAGAUUGUCCAACUUGACUCAGGCCAUUGUACGUAGAUGUGUAACGUGUGCUAAAAAUAAUGCAAGACAAGGACCAGUAAAGCCACCAGGAGUCCAGUUUAUGGGGGGACUUCCCAUGUCCGAUUUACAAAUUGACUAUACAGUGAUGCCUAAAUCGGGUGGACAUCGCUACCUGCUGGUAGUGGUGUGCACCUAUUCAGGCUGGGUAGAAGCAUGUCCUACUCGUACAGAGAAAGCAGGAGAAGUCGUGAGAUUCCUGCUACGAGAAAUAAUACCCCGAUAUGGACUACCCUGCUCUAUAGGAUCGGACAAUGGUCCAGCUUUUGUUCAUCAGUGCCUACAACAACUGACUCAUAUGCUUGGUAUAAAGUGGAGGCUUCAUACGGCAUAUAGACCCCAGAGUUCUGGUAAGGUAGAGAGAAUGAAUAGAACUAUUAAGAAUCAGUUGGCUAAAAUGUGUCAGGAAACCCAACUUAAGUGGAACGUUCUCUUGCCCAUAGCUCUAUUGCGAAUCCGUAGUACACCUACCAGAAGGAUGGGCCUCUCUCCUUUUGAAAUCAUGUACGGGCGACCACCUCCCGUGCUUGGUAACUUAAGGGGGGAUUUGAGUCAGUUGGGAGAAGGAAUUACCCGGCAGCAGGUUGUAGAGUUGGGUAAGACUAUGGAGGAGGUACAGAAAUGGGUACAAGAUAGAUUACCUGUGAAUAUUUAUCCCCAAUUCAUAGUUACCACCCAGGCGACCAAGUGUGGAUUAAAGAGUGGAAUAAUGUGCCGUUAGGGCCCAAGUGGAGAGGUCCUUAUGUUGUUCUUCUGUCUACCCCUACAGCGAUAAAAGUAGCCGAAGUGGCUCCGUGGAUACAUCACUCCAGGGUUAAACCAGCAGCAGCCGAUUCCUGGCAAGUUACAGCAAAUCCAGAGAAUCCCUGCAAGAUCCGGUUAAAACGCACGACUCAGUCGGAGUGACGAGGAACCUUGUAGAUUACAAAUUUUAUUGUUUCAGAGACUUGGUAAGUGAGUGAGAAGGCCAUAAUAAAGCCUGUCCACUCACCAACGAGUGUAUAAGUCAGGGAAAGUCUUGAGGGGACCCCUGUGAAGACGAGCAGAACUCCAUUCCCUGCAGCCCUUACAUCCUGGAAGCUGAGGUGCCUUCGCACGGACGAAGACUGAGGAUGACGACGAAAGAUGUAUUUUUAAUAAUGUUUAUUUAUGUGUAUUUUUAUAUUCAGGAAGGUAGAGGUACCAACACUCCUAGCUGUGAGGUAUGCAUUAAGACUACAAGAACAGGUAACCAUAUAUCCCAGACCCUAAUUUGGCAUUCGCAAUAUGAGUGUAAAGGAGAUGUAUCAAGAUGUAGAUACUUAAAUAUAGAAUAUAGUGUGUGUCAUUUAGGAGUAGGAGAACCUAAGUGCUUCAGUCCUGAGUAUCAACCCCGUACAAUUUGGUUGACUCUCAGAAAUGGAGAUCCUCAGGGGACCCUAAUUAAUAAGACGGUAUUAGAAUCCGUAUAUUCUUCAGGUGCUCUGCUAUUUGAUGCGUGUAAAGCAAUAUCAAGUGGUAGAAAGCCGUGGAAUGUAUGUGGGGAUCUUAGAUGGGAGAGGACGUAUGGGUCUAACGAUAAAUAUAUUUGUCCCAGUAGUAAAAAUAAAUAUGUAAGUCCAAGAUGCCCAAAUAGAGAUUAUAACUUCUGCCCAUAUUGGUCUUGUGUGGGGUGGGCGACUUGGGGACAGACAGCAGACAAGGACAUGAUUGUGACUAAGUUGCCUACUAAUCCAUAUUGUAAGUCUAUGGAAUGCAAUCCAAUCCAUAUACUUAUAAAUAACCCUGACAAGUUCUUAGAUAAAUAUGGUAAUUUAUUUGGGUUUCAAAUAUAUGGGACGGGUUUAGACCCUGGGACAAUAUUGUUUAUAGGGAUAGAGACUGAUACGGUAACCUCCCAAACUCAUCAAGUAUACCAUUCCUUUUAUGAAGAGAUGAGCAUAGAUAAUAAGAUCCCCCAUAAUGCUAAAAACUUGUUUAUUGAUUUAGCCGAGAGUAUUGCCGGUAGUCUUAAUGUUACCAACUGCUAUGUGUGUGGAGGUACUAACAUGGGAGACCAAUGGCCUUGGGAAGCAAAGGAGGUAAUGUCCGGUUCUGAGGCAGUUGACCAAUUAAUAUCUACACAAGCCGACUAUCAUAUGAGUGUUAGAGGUAAAUCUGAGUGGAGAUUGAAGACCUCCAUCAUAGGUUAUGUUUGCAUAGCGAGGAAAGGAAUGAUGUAUAAUACUUCUGUAGGAGAAUUAACUUGUCUAGGGCAAAAAGCUUAUGAUGAUGAUACAAAGAAUACAACUUGGUGGUCGGCUUCAAAUGUCUCAGAACCAUCUAACCCGUUUGCAAGAUAUGCCAAUUUAAAGGACGUAUGGUUUGAUCUAUCCAUCACAUCUAACUGGAGAGCCCCAGCGAAUUUGUACUGGAUCUGUGGUAAGAAGGCCUAUUCGGAGUUACCACAGGACUGGGAAGGGGCAUGUGUGUUGGGUAUGUUAAAACCAUCCUUCUUCUUGUUGCCUAUUGAAACAGGUGAGACUUUAGGUGUUAAAGUGUAUGAUGUGAAUCAUAGGAAGAAAAGGGGACCCAUAGAGAUAGGUGCCUGGGAAGAUAAUGAAUGGCCUCCCCAGCGUAUUAUAGAUUAUUAUGGGCCAGCCACGUGGGCAGAGGAUGGUACCUUUGGUUAUAGAACCCCUAUUUAUAUGCUCAACCGCAUUAUAAGGUUACAGGCGGUGGUUGAGAUCAUUACUAACGAGACAUCACAAGCGCUCAAUCUUCUAGCGAAGCAUAAUACCAGGAUGAGAACAGCAGUUUACCAAAAUAGAUUAGCCUUGGAUUAUCUUUUGGCAGUAGAGGGAGGUGUAUGUGGGAAGUUUAACCUGAGCAAUUGCUGUCUUCAAAUAGAUGACGAAGGGCAAGCAAUAGCUGAGCUUACUAGCCAUAUGGUUAAACUAGCGCAUGUGCCUACUCAGGUAUGGAAAGGGUACAAUCCAAGUAGUUGGUUUGGUAGCUGGUAUGAGUGGUUUGGAGGGCUUAAGGCAGUGGUAGGUGGAGUCCUACUGAUUUUAAUGUUGUGUCUACUCCUGCCGUGUCUUAUACCCUUAGUAGUUAGGUCUGUGCAAAGCCUGAUAGAAAAUAUAGCAGAGAGGAAGGCUGCUGCACAGAUAAUGGCAAUUUAUAAAUAUAAGGCUCUAGAUCAGGGAGAACCAAUGCAGGAAGACGAGUGUUGAAGAUUCACAUCAUAGGAUAAGUCUGGUCUGGUUCAAAGGUAACUUGUGGUGUAUGCAAACCAAGGUUAAGUGAUGCCUCAAGUAAUUGUAAAAUAUCAAGAGGCAUCAAAGGGGGGAAUGUGGUGGAAUCUCGGUAAAAAUAAAUUUAGUAGGCCGAGAUUACCACGUGGCAUGUGUACGUGCAUAUGCUGACGUAUCGAUCAGUUGGUUGCACGAGGCAAGAUACGAUCAGUAGUGUACGGAGCAUGUGCAAGAAUACAGGAUGUAGUAUUCCCCUCCUCCAUUGUGCUGGACAAGCCAUGCGGUCAAGCAGGAAGUUAAUUCUUAUUUGUAAUGAUUGGUCAAGAGAAUGUGCGGGUGGAGCUUAAUAUGGGAGGAGUUAUGUGCCUAUAUAGGGAGCCUGCACUAUUGUUCAGGGCUCAGAACUUGCUGUAUUUUUGGUGACAUUAGUCCCUCUGAGUCCCGAUCGGUGAUCCAAUAAAGAAUCUCUUCCUUCCUGAAGAAACCUGUGUCCAUCCCUCUGUGCUUUGCUUCCGUCAGUUUCUCCGGUAUCACUAUUUUUGCAGCUCACAUACUUUUUUGCCAAAAUAUCUGUAUCUAUUUAUCUAUAGACUGUGUAAAGAGUUAUACAUUUUAUAUAGAGAUAUAGACUGUAUACAGAGCUAUACACUACAUAGAGACUGUAUAUAGAGCUAUACACUAGAUAGAGACUGUAUAUAGAGCUAUACACUAGAUAGAGACUGUAUAUAGAGCUAUACACUAGAUAGAGACUGUAUAUAGAGCUAUACACUAGAUAUAGGCUGUAUGUAGAGAUACAGACUGUAUGUAGAACUAUAUAUUUUAUAUAGAGACACAGACUGGAUAUGGAGCUAUAAAUUAGAUUUAGGUUUUAUACACAGAUGCAGACUGUAUAUGGAGCUAUAUAUUUUAUAGAGAGAUACAAACUGUAUAUGGAGCUAUAUGUUUUAUACAGAGACAGUAUAUGGAGAUAUAUGGUUUAUACAGAGAUACAGACAGUAUAUGGAACUAUAUAUUAUAUAUUUCAUACAGACAGUAUAUGGAGCUGUAUAUUGUUUUAUUCAGACACAGUAUAUGGAGCUAUAUGUUUGAUACAGACACAGUAUAUGGAGCUAAAUGUUUGAUACAGAGACAGUAUAUGGAGCUAUAUGUUUGAUACAGACAGUAUAUGGAGCUAUAUGUUUGAUACAGACAGUAUAUGGAGCUAUAUGUUUGAUACAGACAGUAUAUGGAGCUAAAUGUUUGAUACAGAGACAGUAUAUGGAGCUAUAUGUUUGAUACAGACAGUAUAUGGAGCUAUAUAUUGUUUGAUACAGACAGUAUAUGGAGCUAUAUAUUGUUUGAUACAGACAGUAUAUGGAGCUAUAUAUUGUUUGAUACAGACAGUAUAUGGAGCUAUAUGUUUGAUACAGACAGUAUAUGGAGCUAUAUGUUUGAUACAGACUGUAUAUGGAGCUAUAUGUUUGAUACAGACAGUAUAUGGAGCUAUAUAUUUGAUACAGACAGUAUAUGGAGCUAUAUAUUUGAUACAGACAGUAUAUGGAGCUAUAUAUUGUUUUAUUCAGACACAGUAUAUGGAGCUAUAUAUUUCAUACAGACAGUAUAUGGAGCUAUAUAUUGUUUGAUACAGACAGUAUAUGGAGCUAUAUAUUUGAUACAGACUGUAUAUGGAGCUAUAUGUUUGAUACAGACAGUAUAUGGAGCUAUAUAUUGUUUUAUUCAGACACAGUAUAUGGAGCUAUAUAUUUCAUACAGACAGUAUAUGGAGCUAUAUAUUGUUUGAUACAGACAGUAUAUGGAGCUAUAUAUUUGAUACAGACUGUAUAUGGAGCUAUAUGUUUUAUUCAGACACAGUAUAUGGAGCUAUAUAUUGUUUUAUACAGACAGUAUAUGGAGCUAUAUAUUGUUUGAUACAGACAGUAUAUGGAGCUAUAUAUUUGAUAUAGACAGUAUAUGGAGCUAUAUAUUUGAUACAGACAGUAUAUGGAGCUAUAUAUUUGAUACAGACACAGUAUAUGGAGCUGUAUAUUGUUUUAUUCAGACACAGUAUAUGGAGCUAUAUAUUGUUUGAUACAGACACAGUAUAUGGAGCUAUAUAUUGUUUUAUUCAGACACAGUUUAUGGAGCUAUAUAUUGUUUUAUUCAGACACAGUAUAUGGAGCUAUAUAUUGUUUUAUUCAGACACAGUAUAUGGAGCUAUAUAUUGUUUUAUUCAGACACAGUAUAUGGAGCUAUAUAUUGUUUAUUCAGACACAGUUUAUGGAGCUAUAUAUUGUUUUAUUCAGACACAGUAUAUGGAGCUAUAUAUUUGAUACAGACAGUAUAUGGAGCUGUAUAUUGUUUUAUUCAGACACAGUAUAUGGAGCUAUAUAUUUGAUACAGACAGUAUAUGGAGCUAUAUAUUGUUUAUUCAGACACAGUAUAGGGAGAGAUCCAGAGGGCAUGCCAUGGGAGGGAGCUGCUAGUCCCUCUUGCUGUAAUCCCCUCUCCUGGCUGCUCAGUGCGCUCUCUCCGUCCCCGGGUAUUAGGACCGGAGCAGGACUCGCUCCCCUCGGAGACGUUCCCUAGCAACGCGUUCAUUUUCCGCCCUCCUCCCUCCCCUGGUCGGACUGGGCUGGAGGCCGCACUCCCUCGGCGGGACUCGCACAGGCUGGAGCCCGAGGACUGGCUUCCCACCCCGGCCUGGGGAGCAACACUCUGAACCGGGAGCUCGACCCCAGCUCCAGUCCGCGGCUCCAUACUGCGGCUAGGCCUCGAGUGGCAGGCCAUAGCCAGUCCUCGUCACUGCUCACUGUGACCCUGGCUGAGGGUGAUAGGAACCGGGUCACAGACACUGCUAGCCGCCCAUAGUUACCAUGGUGAGUAUAGAGAUCAGAGAGCCCUGGCUGAGGGUGAUAGGAACCGGGUCACAGACACUGCUAGCUGCCCAUAGUUACCAUGGUGAGUAUAGAGAUCAGAGAGCCCUGGCUGAGGGUGAUAGGAACCGGGUCACAGACACUGCUAGCUGCCCAUAGUUACCAUGGUGAGUAUAGGGAUCAGAGAGCCCUGGCUGAGGGUGAUAGGAACGGGUCACAGACACUGCUAGCUGCCCAUAGUUACCAUGGUGAGUAUAGAGAUCAGAGAGCCCUGGCUGAGGGUGAUAGGAACCGGGUCACAGACACUGCUAGCUGCCCAUAGUUACCAUGGUGAGUAUAGAGAUCAGAGAGCCCUGGCUGAGGGUGAUAGGAACCGGGUCACAGACACUGCUAGCUGCCCAUAGUUACCAUGGUGAGUAUAGGGAUCAGAGAGCCCUGGCUGAGGGUGAUAGGAACCGGGUCACAGACACUGCUAGCUGCCCAUAGUUACCAUGGUGAGUAUAGAGAUCAGAGAGCCCUGGCUGAGGGUGAUAGGAACCGGGUCACAGACACUGCUAGCUGCCCAUAGUUACCAUGGUGAGUAUAGAGAUCAGAGAGCCCUGGCUGAGGGUGAUAGGAAUCGGGUCACAGACACUGCUAGCUGCCCAUAGUUACCAUGGUGAGUAUAGAGAUCAGAGAGCCCUGGCUGAGGGUGAUAGGAACCUGGACACAUACACUGCUAGCUGUAUAUUUAACACGGUGAGUACAGGGAUCAGAGAGCCCUGGCUGAGGGUGACAGGAACCGGGACACAGACACUGUUAGCUGUCCAUAGUUAACAUGGUGAUCAGAAAGCACUGGCUGAGGGUGAUAGGAACCUGGACACUGAUACACUGCUAGUUGCCCAUAUUUAACAUAGUGAGUAAAUGGUUUAGAUAGAGCAUAGGCUUUGGUUGACAGGAGCCUGGUCACUGCUAGCUGCCUAUAGGUAACAUGGUGAGUAUAGGGAUCAGAGAGCCCUGGAUAUGGGUGAUAGGAAUCUGAAAAGUGAUGGACUGCUAGCUGUUCAUAGUAAACAUGGUGAGUAUAGAGAUCAGAGAGCCUGUCAUUAAUAGGAACCUGGACACUGCUAGCUGCCUAUAGUUAACAUGGUGAGUAUAGGGUUCAGAGAGCCUGGCUGUCAGUAAUAGGAGCCUGGUCACUGCUAGCUGCCCAUAGUUAACAUAGUGAGUAUCAGGAUCAGAGAGCCAGGGCUGUGAGAGAUAGGAACCUGGACACCAAUACACUGCUAGCUGCCCAUAGUUAACAUUGUGAGUAUAGGGAUCAGAGAGAGCAUUAGCUAUGGGUGACAGGAGCAUGAUCACUGUUAGCUGCCCAUAGUUAAAGGGACACUAUAAUCACCAAAACAACUUUAGCUUAAAGGGACACUAUAGGCACCCAGACCAUUUUUAGCUCAUUGAAGUGGUCUCGGUGCACUGUCCCAGGUCCCUUAACCAUGCAAAUGUAAUUAUUGCAGUUUUUAAUAAAUUGCAAUAAUUACUUUUGAGGGUUAGCUCCACCUAUAUUGGCUGUCUACUAAACAGACACUAGAGGUUAGAUCCAGAUCGUUAGGCCACUUUUGGUCGCCUAACUGACGCUGGACGUCCUUAUGCUAUGCAUAAGGACAUCCAGCUUUACCCAAAACCCCAUAGGAAAGCAUUAUACAAUGCUUUCGUAUGGGCAUAGGCAUUAGGUCUUUCCUGCCGACUGGUGUUGGUGAGGGAAGAGCGGAGGCGGUGCCUUAACCAGUGCUGAGGGACAUCAGCACUGGAAUAUGGUAAGUGACAGAAGCGUAAUUUAAAGGAUCACUAUACUAUACAGUCCUAAGGGUCCGCCCACCCUCAAGUCCCCCUCCCACUGGCUGAAGGGGUUAAAACCCCUGCAGUUACUUACUUUAAUCCAGCGCUGGGCUCCCUCGGCGCUGGUGACCUUUCCUUCCCCGCCGACGUGUUGGUGAGGGAAGAGCAGAGGCGAAGCCUUAACCAGUGCUGAGGGACAUCAGCACUGGAAUAUGGUAAGUGACAGAAGCGUAAUUUAAAGGAUCACUAUACUAUACAGUCCUAAGGGUCCGCCCACCCUCAGGUCCCCCUUCCACUGGCUGAAGGGGUUAAAACAUCCAGCGCUGGGCCCCCUUGGCGCUGGUGACCUUUCCUCCCCCGCCGACGUCAGCUCCCGAGUGGAGCCGAAUGCGCAUUCAAACAGUCCAUAGGAAAGCAUUUCUCAAUGCUUUCCCAUGGACGUUCUGCAAAUGUUGCAUCCAGCGUUGCAGAAGCGCCUCUAGUAGCUGUCAGGAAGACAGCCACUAGAGGUUGGAUUAAGCCUGCUAUGUAAACAUAGCAGUUUCUCUGAAACUACUAUGUUUACAUCUGAAGGGUUAAAACCUGGGGGACCUGGCACCCAGACCACUUCAUUGAGCUGAAGUGGUCUGGGUGACUAUAGUGUCCCUUUAACCCCUUCUGCACCACAUGGGGGCUGGGGGUGCGACAGAGGGAGGAAUUAUAGGAAGCUAUAUUGCCAGGAAAACAAUUUUGUUUUCCUGGGGAUAAAGUUUCCCUUUAAUAAAGCCAUUGUUGUGUAUAGAUUAUGCCUCUGAAGCUCCUCUGCUCAAUUCACUGGCAUUUAGGAGUUAUCACUUUUGUUUCUGUUUAUGCAGCCCUAGCCACACUUCCACUGGCUGUGACUGAUAUAACCUGCACGAAAACAAAAUGUUUUCAUUUUCAAUCAGAUAAAACUUACUUUAAAGGUUUUUACCUCCUGCUCUGUAAAGUGAGCUUUAAUUACACACAGGAGACUUCUGCAUGGUCUAACAAGCUAUUAGCAGAGCAGGAGAUAAGAAAUUCUAAAUGAAACAGAAUUUGCAAUAAAGGAAGUGUAAACAUUAUAUAAGUCUUUACAGGUAUGUGUAAGUCACAUGCAGGGAGGUGUGAGUGGGGCUCCAUAAGUAGAAACAAAACUUGAUUUAACUCCUGAAUUGCAGAAAAUUGAGUCGUGUGACUGCAGGGGCAUGAUCUUAACAGCAAAACUGCUUCAUUAAGCUAAAGUUGUUUUGGUGACUAUAAUGUUCUUUUUAUAUGGUGAGUAUGGGUGUCAGACAGAGCCCUGGUUCUGGGUAAAACGGGUCCUUGUCGGCUCUGGCUGAUUGGAUCAUGGUUACUGCUAGCUGUCCAUAGCCAACAUGGUGAGUAUACGUAUUAGAGUGUGGACUGGUUCUGGGUGACUGAAGGCCUGGUCAUUGCUAGCUGCCCAUAAUUAACAUGGUGGGUAUAUGGACCAGAGAGAACCCCUGCUUUUGGUGACAGGAGUCUGGUCAUUGCUAGCUAAUGCUAUAGGAGGCAGUGGAAAUUUUGAGCCAUAAAUAUAUUCAAGAGCAUACAAUCCAAGCCCCCAGAAUGCCCUGUUAAUGCAUGUGUGGAUGCUACCUUGCUGGGGUGUGGAAGUUUUAAAUAAUCUGUUUGUGUAAGGGACUAACGCCAUAGCUCAAUCUACUUGUCCUUCAUGACGAUCUACUUGUUCUCACACAAAAGAAUUUCAAUUACAAUUGUACAAUGCUGUGGAAUUUGUUGGCACUUCAUAAAUAAUAAUAAUUACAAAGUUUGAAGCCACUGACAAGAGCCCUUGACAUUGAGAAGGCUAUUUGCUAAAGUAAAUGUUCUAAAAUUAAAUCUACCGUAAAUGGAAAAACUGAGGUAAUAACAGCUGGUCAGGAAACAUUCUCUAACUCUGAUAUAGUCUCAACAUAACAUUCCCUCCAAUAUUGGGCUUGGUGUGAAAAAUCAAGUAUGUGCAUGGUAUUAUGAAGAAAUAUUCCCAUCUAAAUGGGGCAGUAAGGCAAAACCUGUUAAUGUAACUUCAAAAUAAGGAAUCCCUCAGGGCUCUAGUCGCAGACAAUAGCAGUAUGGUUUAGAUGCAGGUGUAGCAGAUUAGCUACUCUUCGCAAAGUACACCAGCCAAGCCACAGUGAAACCUUGGACGUGGCUCCCAACAACGCUCCUUCAUGGCAAACCUUUCAUAUAAACAAAUUAUAAUCCAGGCACAGUAUGGUAAAGUAACAUUCGAGCUCCCAUGAGCUGUUUUACUUAGUGAUUAAAGAAAAGUAAAAAAAAUAAACCUGCCAUGUAUAUCAAUGUUAAUUUCACGCUGUGCCUGGAUUUUAUUACCAAAUAAUGUAAUUCACUAAGAAGGCAGUCUUCCCUGUUGCUGCUCCGGUUUUUGCUUUCAAUGAGUUAGAGUGCAUGCUGGGAAUCCUGGUGGCUGUGCUCUGACUCACAACAGAGGUCUGCCCUUGGCGGAGGUUCCCCACUGUGCCAGGCUCUCACCAAUCCCCCCAAAGGCAGUCCAAUUAUUUGUUUGCAGCAGGGCUAAAUAGUGUUACUGAGUUUUACUCCAUUGUUGCUGCGUAAGCGCCUCUAGUGGCUGUCAGUGUAAACAUACAAAACUCUAUUCUUUUACAUUGAAGGACUAAAAGGUUAAAAUUACGCCCAGACUACUUCAUUUGUUUAUUUAUUUAUUACUGGUAUUUAUAAAGCGCCAACAGAUUCCGCAGCGCUGUACAAUUAGUGGAGAACAUACAAUAUACACAGACAAAUACAAGAGGUAGAGAGAGCCCUGCCAGUAAGCUGAUAUCUAGCCAUUGGAGCUCUUUUAUACAAAGUGCUUAGCUAGAUGACCCGUGAGCUUACAACCAUUGAGAAGACAUAGUCAGGGUGACUUAAAGGACCACUAUAGGCACCCAGACCACUUCAGCUCAAUGAAGUGGUCUUGGUGCCAGGUCCAUCUAGGGUUAACCCUGCCUGCUGUAAACAUAGCAGUUUCAGAGAAACUGCUAUUUUUACAUUAGGGUUAAUCCAGUCUCUAGUGGCUGUCUCAUUGACAGCCGCUAGAGGCACUCAUGCGCUUCUCACUGUGAAAAUCACAGUGAGAAGACACUGACGUCCAUAGGAAAAGCAUUGAGAAAGGUAAGUUAUCAACCCCUUCCUCCCCCUUCAGCCUGGUGGGAGUGGGACCCUGAGGGUGGGGGGGGACCUAAAGACCUAUAGUGCCAGGAAAACAAGUUUGUUUUCCUGGCACUGUAGUGGUAUUUUAAGUGUCCCUUUAAUUGUCCUGUUUGUAUGGUUGGUGUUUUAUACCUACUGUACUCCUCACCCCAGUUACUGCUUUAAUAAGGUUUCCCAGGGAAAAUGUCACUAUCACAGACAUAACAGUUUCGCUUCAAUUAUUCAAGAUCUGAUUAUCCCAAUGGAGACCAUUCUGGGAAUGGAGAUAAUGAGGGUGCAUUGCAGAAUUUUAUUUAUUAUAUAAAUAAAGCUAAUUUUAAAACUAAAGUAUGGUUUGCCAAGCAAUCUAUGCCAUGUAUGUAAUUUGGUUAUCUGACAAAAAAGAUAAAGAAGCACUUAACUAGUCAUAUAAUUUAUAUGUAAUGCAAAUGUAUAAACAUAUGCAGCAAUAAGCCUUCUUUUUUUGAAUGGACACCAAUUGUGUAAACCAUUUUCCAUAAAGAUUUCCUUUCGAACCCAUUUAAUUGUGAUACAUUGUAUAUUUUUUAUAGAUGACAUUUUCUUCACAGGAGGAAUCUUCUCCUAAUUCCUUACUGGACAUUACCCUGCAUUACCUGAUCUCCCAUCUUGAGAAGUUCUGCUGGGAGAGACAAGAUGGCACUUAUCGCUUGCAGGAUGCUGCAGUGUUCCCCCAGGAAGUGGCAGAUCGACUACUCCAGACCAUGGCAACACAAAGUAAACAUUAAUUUGGAAGGUUUAAUUACGGAAUAUAAAUAUACCCUGUAGAUCACUUUAAUAUAUGUAUGUGGCUGUUGUGUAUAGCUGCUCUUGACAUAAGAUCUUGUCCAAAGAGAGAGACCAUUUUUAUAUAUAUUUUACCUUUGUGACAUUAUGAAGAGACACAGACAAUAUAUUUAUUAUACACAAAGUAACAGGCAUGUAUCUAAUACAAGGCAAAUGAUUGCCGGUACAAACAAGAUCCAUGACAAACCUUUACACACAUUUGUUGACUACAUUUCUGUGUUUCUCAGUUGGCCAUUAGAUUUCCUGGGCAUGUAGAUAAAAAAUGUCCACACUACCAAAGUCAAAGAGUACUGAAUUUGACACCUAUCAUUUGUGUUCUUCAACAGAGCACAGGUAGAAAUAUCUUCAAUAUAUUCAUAUGAAAGCUUGCAAUUUGUUGUGUGUAAGAAGGAGCCAGAUUCAUCGUAAAAAAUGUUUUCAUUUCUUUUAUACUUUGGAGCCAGUUCACCAGACCCCUGUUGGGAUUUUGCUAUUUUUAUUUUUUUUACCCUCCUUAACCCCUUAAGGACACAUGACAUGUGUGACAUGUCAUGAUUCCCUAUUAUUCCUGAAGUUUGUUCCUCAAGGGGUUAAACCCUCAGGUUUUAGGGUCACAAGGUUUCCAUCUAAUUUACACCAGGUCCUGUAAAAACCCUGCAUUUGUUUUUUUCGGAGGGAUGUUUUUUUAAAAGUACUUUAUUUGCACUUUUUUCUCUUUAUGUAAGACUUGCACUUUCUCCUCUCCAGGGCAGCUAAAUGAGGUGACAGUAGGAAUUUUCCGUGGUAACCAGCUACGCUUGAAACGGGCGUGUAUCCGCAAGGCUAAGAUCUCUGCUGCAGCUUUCCGACGGGCUUUCUGCCACCAUAAGCUUGUUGAGCUGGAUGCCACUGGGGUCAAUGCGGACAUCACCAUUACUGAUAUCAUAAGUGGCCUCAGUAGCAGUAAAUGGAUCAAGGAGAAUCUCCAAUGCCUGGUCCUAAAUUCCCUUACUUUGUCUCUGGAGGACCCUUAUGAGAGGUGUUUCAGUACUUUGUCUGGCCUCCGUGCUCUGAGCAUCACCAAUGUUUUGUUUUAUAAUGAGGAUCUUGCCGAUGUUGCUACCCUUCCAAGGCUGGAAAGCCUUGAUAUCUCGAACACCUCCGUGACCGACAUUACAGCCCUUCUAGGCCUAAAGGAUAGACUGAAAUCGCUUACUAUGCACCACCUGAAAUGUCUAAAGAUGACGACGACACAAGUCUUAGAUGUCCUUAAAGAACUGGAGCACCUUAAUCACCUUGAUAUAUCUGAUGACAAACAGUUCACUUCAGACAUAGCAUGCCGUUUAUUGGAUCAGAAAGAUACUCUGCUCAGAGUGGUUUCAUUGGAUGUCUCUGGAAGAAAGCAUGUAACUGAUAAAGCAGUGGAGGCAUUCCUCAGGCACCGACCUCAUGUACAGUUUGUCGGCUUAUUGGCCACAGAAGCUGGCUAUUCAGAGCUUCUCUCUGGAGAAGGAAGCGUUAAGGUGUGCCAUAACUUGCUGUUUUAUUUCCAAACUUUUUCUUUUACUAGUAAUUUUAAAGUGGUUUGGAGCUGUGCAUUAUUCCAUCAGCCAACAAGUAACCAGUUUAUUCUAGUUAUUGCAUGUGUUAUCUAAAAGAAGUCAUUUAACAUAGAUUUUGUUAAAGUGAGCCUAUUCUCUAUAAAUGCAUGGUUGACAAAAUCAGUUUUUUUUCGGGAACAGAAUUUCAUCUGUACAUUGUUAUCUGAAGCUGUCCUUGUAUGUAUGUAUGUAUGUAUGUAAGAUUACAAUGUAUUCUUGUAUUGUGGGAGCAGACAUGUGCAUGUGGUUGAAACUUGCUUAAAGCAUGAUAGAUUACAACUGUGUGAUGAUCAAACACAAAUAUUGACUGAAAGCUUAUGCUAGAGAUUUGUUAACGAGGCUAGAAGCAUAUAUUAUGUUGUAUUCUUUCAAGUAUACCCACACUGUGCAGCACUGACCAAGGAAGCACCACAAGUGUCUGUCUCUAUGUCUGCCAAUGGAGGUGUCCCUAGGCAGAAAUGUAAACACUGCAUUUUCUCUGAAAAGACAGUGCUUACUUUAAAAAGCCUGCAGGGACAGGCAGUAGACACCAGUACAGCUACAUCUGCGUGACUGCACCUAGAGGUGUUAAUAGGCAGCAAUGUAAAAACACUGCCUUUUUUUGCUCAGCCUGCAGGGACAUGCUAUUGACACCACAACCACUACAUUAAGCUGUACUGGCUGUGGUUCUGGUGACUAGAGGGUCCCUUUAAAUAUAUUUUAACGAUUCAUCAAGUGACAUGAAAAUCCAGUUUAGUCCAGGCACAGCCAUGGCGAACAUUACAUUGGAUAUGGAGAAACAGAAAAAUUGUUUUGGUUUCUCCUCUGUCUUUCUAUUUUAACUGAUAGUUUCAGAGAGCAGAUACUGUAACAAAGACAGACCGGGCACCAAGAUGGAGUUUAUAAGAACAGUAGCUGAUGUUGUGUGUUUAAAACAAUGAUAGUUAGGAAGGAAGGAAGGAAUCCACAGUGAUCUAAUAUACAUUUAAAACGAUAGACAUAGAACUAAGAAGGAGGAGCUUACUUUCCAGAUAGAGGUACAUGCAGUGUUGUGUAUUUUUAUAGUUAAUAUAAUUUUGCAGAUCUCACAAAUACCUAUUUGUUAAAUAUUGUUAUAAAUAAAGACAAUGUUUAAAUCCUGAGAAAUGAGCAUUCCCCUUUAAGCCUCCCACUCCCCUAUUUGCAUCCCCGUUAUGUGACACCAGUCUCGAACUCCAGUUUUUAUAAUAUGUUGUUGUUCAUUUAGGUAUCGGGGGAAGCCAAUCAGACACAGAUUGCAGAGGCGCUGCGUCGAUACAGCGAACGCUCCUUCUUUGUUCGAGAAGCUCUUUUCCAUCUCUUUAGUCUGACGCAUGUCAUGGAAAAAGCCAACCCAGAGAUGCUGAAGGUAUUAUAAACUUUAGGACAGUAACACAUAAUCUGUGGUGCUGUAACUGUUGUGAGGUGUGUUUAUUUCCCAUAAUGCUUUGCCAGCUAAACAACUGCAUCUUGGGAAACCUUACUAUGUCAGUGAAUAACCUUCAUUGCCUCAUGGCCAUUAUUAUAUUUGUUUAUAUAUGUUUAAUAGCAAGCAGUAUCUGAUAUGUGUUAUAUUUACUUACUAUUGCAGUUGGUGGUGACUGGAAUGCGAAACCACCCCACCAAUUUGCCAGUACAGCUCGCUGCCAGUGCCUGCGUGUUUAACCUGACUAAACAGGACCUAGCAGCCGGGAUGCCUGUGAAACUCUUGGCCGAUGUCACUCAUUUACUGUUAGAAGCAAUGAAACAUUUUCCCAACCAUCAACAGGUAUGUCUCUUAGCAACAGAUAAUCCAUCCUUUAUAGUCUCAAACCCAAAAUCACAGGAGCAGUCUGUUGAUGGAAUUGUUGUUUUUAUAUAACAGGGAUGAACACGAUUAUAGUUUUAUUAAAACGGCACAAUCUCCUUUUUCUAAAUAGUGUUCCUGAUGGAAUGUAGAAUGAAAAUGGCAGAUGGAAACAGGAAUAAAAUUGAAGAUGUAAUGAGGGAAGAGAGUCCUGUCCUGAAAAGGGAGAUGGAAUGGGGAAGGUGGAAUAAUAAAGAGAUGUGGUGAGGAGGGGAAAUAAAAGAAGAAUGAAAAUGGUAGCAGGAAGGGGGAAUUAAAAUGGGGAGAAUGGGGAUGGGUGUAUAAAGAAUGAAUUGGCAGGACAGAGAAAGUGUAAAGUAAUGAAUAUUAGAGAAGAGGGCAUAGGGAUAUAGGAGAGAGAGAAAUGGAAGUGGUUUGGAAAUAAAAAAAGAGACUUGGAAAUAUAUGAAGGGAGGCUGGAAUAAGUAGAAAGGGCGGAGUGAGAGCCGAGUGAGGUGGACUAGUGGAAAGUAAUGUAAUAAAGGUAACAAUAUGUAGUGAUCAGUGAUGUACGUGAUUCACUAGGCAUGUGUGUCCAUGUAACUAGAGUAAAUUUGUGAUGUCUCCAAGAUAAAUAGCAAAGGUGUCUGUCCAGGUCUGUUAUCUUUGCAAUGGCAACAUAAUGUACAGCUGUGCCACCAGUGUCGAUUAGUGAAUUUGUUUUGUUUGUGUGGAAGGUUCACUUGCGGUUUCUGAUUUUGUGGUAGAAUGAGGCAAGUGUAUUUUCUGAAAGUGGCUCUGCCACCUCUAACUUUCCUUUCUCCUAUUGUGUCCUCUUCUGUUCCUCUUUCAGAAACUUUUCUUAAUUUCUGAUCUAUUCCAAUCAGCAUCUCCUCAUAGAAUUACAUUGAAUCAAUGCAUAUCUCUGGGGAAAGUUCAGUGUCUCCAUGCAGAGGGUGGAGACACUGAACAUCAGUGCUGAACAUUGUGUAGCACUGACCCAGGAAGCACCUCUAAUAGCCAUCUGAGUGACUGCCAUUGGAGGUGCCCUAGGGAGCAAUGUAAACACUGCCUUAUCCUUGAAAAGAUGGUGUUUACAGCAAAAAAACUGCAUGGGCAGGCUAUACUCACCAGAACAACUACAUUAAGCUGUAGUUCUCUGGUGACUAUAGUGUCCCUUUAAGGCAAUUGUCAAGAUUGUCAAGUGUAUGAAAAAUAAAGCGACAGCACCACUUUAACGGUUCACAUUUCUUAGUUAAAACAAAAAAAUAACCCUUUUUUAAUUUGUCACGUGACUGACCGACUAGACAUUUAUUAAGUAUUGUCAGAGUCCCACUAAGGUUGAUUUACAUAAUCACUGUUGCAUAUGGCGACCAUGUGACCAGCAUAGUUAGUCUUCUGUACAAUUAUUUACGUCUAUGCCUGUCUGAACCUAAUUUUCAAAGAUUUUGUUCCGUAUCUGAUAAGUGUGCUUUAGUAGAACCGCCAUAACCACAAAUUAUAUUGGCGGAGUUGUUCCAUUAGUAGGCCACUGCCCACUAUUCAGGUGUAUACUUUUAAAACUGGGGCUAUGUCUUUUGUUUUAUAGUUAUAUCCCUCUCAGGUUAACUGUUGGACAUUGCUUUAUACCUUUGAUGGUUUGCUCUUUUUUAGAGCUUUUGAUUCAUCAUCUGAUUUGGUGUAAUUCCAUUAGCUGUCUAUUGUUAGUAAAUAUGUUUACUAUUGCCUGUACUGAGACUUUAAAACAGGGGUAAAAAUCUCGAUCUUGGCCUUCUUUAUGGUUUUUUUUUUUAAUGUGUUUAAUUUGUUCUUUUGUGACUAGGAAUUUACAUUUUUAUGUGCGAGAUUUUAACAGUUUGAUAUAAUAAAGAUGAUUAGUGGAUGCAUGGAAUAGCCUUCCAGCUGAAGUGGUAGAGGUUAACACAGUAAAGGAGUUUAAGCAUGCGUGGGAUAGGCAUAAGGCUAUCCUAACUAUAAGAUAAGGCUAGGGACUAAUGAAAGUAUUUAGAAAAUUGGGCAGACUAGAUGGGCCGAAUGGUUCUUAUCUGCCGUCACAUUCUAUGUUUCUAUGAUGAAUUAUUACUUCUUGUUGUGCUCGCGUGUGUGCUAUAACUAGCCUGCUUCUGUCUUUGUCUUGAGUUCUGUACCACCUAUGCAAACCAUUAAGCAAACAGAGAAUAGGUAAGAGGGGCUUAAACUGUAAAAUAUUUCUUUUUAAAAAUUAUAAAAAAAAAAUAUUUUCUUAGUUGCAGAAAAAUUGUCUACUUUCCCUGUGCAGUGACCGAAUCCUACAGGACGUUCCAUUUAACAGGUGGGUAAUAAAAUCUGCUACAAACAUUUUAAACUACAUUAAUCCAUUUUAUUCCUCGGUUAUAAUAAUUUGUAAAACUUGAGUGUGAGGUUUUAGACGUGCAAGAAUAUGUAGAGGAUGACGGGACACAAAAAUAAACACUUGCAUCAACACCACCCUAUGGAUUUUAUGAUUAUAUCACAACCCCUACCUGAUUGCAAACCAUGUCUGCAAGGCUAGACCUUUUUGAUGAAAGUGUCAAUAAUAACAUUACAUACAAACAUAUAUUGUCCUUGUCAUUAUUUUGACUUAUACCCGUGUUACUACUGUACCUGUUGGAAUGUAUAGAAAUCGGUGAUCUCUCAUCCCCUGAAAAAUGCUCAGUGUUUGAUUUUCAUCAAUUGGUGUUUGGUCUACCACCAUUCCUCGAAGAUUGUGUCACCAGGGUAGAAGUGCUUGGCACCGAUCAGAAACUGGUCUUUCAGACAUUUCACGGAAUGCAAGCAUAUACUUCACAUGGUUGUGAUGACUAUGAUUUGUUAUUGUCAUUCAUACUUUAAUUCUCUAGUUAGAGCAUUUCACACAGGGAUCAUUUUCUCUUCUUAUAAGAACACAUUUCUUUUACUUUGGUUUUUCCCUCUUGUGCCUUUUUACAUUUUCUUUCUAUUGAUUUCAUUUUUUUUAUAUUAAUGUUAACCAUUUUCUGUACUCUGUAGUUAUAACACCCCAUGUUGUUGAGAUAUCUGAUAUGUAUAAUAGCAUAGCUUUUGUUUGUAUGCUUUUCAGGUUUGAUGCUGCAAAGCUAGUCAUGCAGUGGUUAUGUAAUCAUGAAGAUCAGAACAUGCAGCGGAUGGCUGUGGCAAUUAUUUCAAUCCUGGCUGCAAAGGUCUGAGUUCAUCUUUUUUUUUUUUUCUUUUAAUCUGUCUUAGUGAGUUUAACUCUCAUUACCCAAAGGGAGCAUUGCUACAAGUAUUAUAUUAGGAUUGUCACUUAAGAUGGAACAUUUUUGGAGUGUGUCAAACCAGCACAAGUGCAAGACAUAUAGUAUCUUUACUAUGACUGGGCCAGCACAGCCGGGCAUAAGAUGUGAGCAAAACAAUAACAAAAAUAAUAAAACAACUCCUAACUAACUUUUAGUUAACUAUUUUUGUGGUUCCCAACUCAGUCUUCAAGUUACACCAGUGGUUACUAUUUUGUCAAUAUUCCCAUUGUAACAGAAUUUAGAAAUAACAAAUUUAUGGGCUGUUAUUGUGCCUUGAAGACUGGGUUGGGCACUUUUCCAUUACAAAGGUUCUUUAAUAUGGAAAGUUCAUGUCCAAAGAGCUGUGAUUUGUUUUUCCCCAUAAGAGACACUUUUUUAUUUGAAAUGCUUACCAUUGACAUCUAAGUCGUUACCUGUGAUACGCACUAGCUCAGUCAUUCUUGAAGUGUUUUUCUUGUUUUUGUUUUUUUGUGUGUGAUGAGAACUACAUGCUUGUGUUUGCCACCAAGACAAAGCUGAUUUAUGCACUGUAAUGCAUUGUAUAAUGCACUCCUUGGACUGGAGAGCUCUUAGAUGGAAGACUUAAAAAGUAAUACAAUUGAAGAGAAUAAUUAUAGUGGUAAUACAUUGGCUGCUGCACAUAGAAAAGGCCUAUAAUCAACCAAUACCCUCACACAAGCUUUUGAUGAACACAGGAGAUCUUAGUAGCUCAACAUGAUAGCGCCCUGUGGCCUCACUUCUCCAAUUCCAGGCUGUAAAGAGGUCAGACACUCGAUGUUCAAAGACCUUUACAAUCACUUUACAAUCCCAGUGAUCAGGUCACUGUCCCAAGAGAGUCCAAGAUAACAGAGAUUUCUCCCCCCCCCCCAUCCCCCAAGGUUGUGAACAGUGCUCAGGGUCUACACCUAUUUGGAUUCUCGGCCCAUAGGGAGAACGAUGAGCAGCAACACCACCCUUGGUCUGCAUGACCUCAGGUGAAGUGAACUGGGAGCGUUGCUGUAUACGUUGCCAAAAUUGGUCACAAAUGAUUGCUUCAUAAGUUGCCUUCUGUUGUUACAAUAAAAUUGUAAUUACAAUUAUUCAACCUCAAUUGAAAAUCAGGUUUAUUGUUGAAAUUUACAGACUUAGACUCAUGAACAAAGCAAACAAAAGCAGAUGAAAUAGCUCAACACAAUGAAUACUUAAAGUGGUUUUCCCAAAUUCAACUAAAAAUGCAACUUAUAGUAACUUCUACAGUCUCAAAAUUAUUCAAGUCCUUCAUGUCAAACAUUUUUAGUACUUAGUAGUGUACCAUUUUGCUGUUAUGACCUGCUGCAAAUGAGAUUCAUAGCCAGACAUCAGCUUCUGGCAGAGUUCAUUCAUAUGCGCUUUGCUGUGCUCACUUAAAUCUCUGUGCCUGUUGCCACCAAAUCUUGGUGCAGGUUUUUUGCAGUCACUACCUUCUCAGAAAUCUGGUAGCAGCUUCCUUUUUUAGCCCCAUCCAGGAAGUGUAACCACUGUUCCUUCAACUUUAAACUUGUGAACUGUGCUUCCAUCAGUGUCGCUAAGAACAUUUAGUGUCUUUGGGUGUUUUUUUGUAGCCUGUUCCUUGUUUGUGAAGGGCGAUCUCUGUUCUUAAAGGACCACUAUAGGCACCCAGACCACUUCAGCUCAAUGAAGUGGUCUGGGUGCCAGAUCCCGCAAGGGUUAACCCUUUUUUUUUAAAUAAACAUAGAAAUUUCUCUGAAACUGCUAUGUUUAUAAAUGGGUUAAUCCAGCCUCCAGUGGCUGUCUGACAGCCGCUAGAGGCGCUUGCGUGCUUCUCACUCUGAAAAUCACAGUGAGAAGACGCCAGCGUCCAUAGGAAACCAUUGUGAAUGCUUUCCUAUGGACUGGCUGAAUGCGCGCGUGGCUCCUGCCGCGCAUGUGCAUUCAGCCGAGGAGGAGGAGAGCUCCCUGCCCGGCGCUGGAGAAAGAGGUAAGUUUAACUCCUUCCUCUCCCCAGAGCCCGGCGUGAGGGGGUCCCUGAGGGUGGGGGCACCCUCAGGGCACUAUAGUGCCAGAAAAAACUAGAGUGUUUUCCUGGCACUACAGUGGUCAUUUAAUUUUGUGGACCAUUCUUUUGUCUUAGCCGUAUUUCUAACAUGCAGUCAAACAUGACACUCAACAAACCCCUAGCCACUUCCGGUAUUUCAAGUGUUGUUGCUUAAGCACACCUGGUGAAACUAAUGAAGCCCUUGAUUAGUUGCAUCAGGUGUGCUUGAAACAACACAUGUUUUGCAUAUUUGUGCUAUUGUGAGGGAUUCUAUUCAGGGGGUUUAAUCAUUUUGAGACUGGAGAAGUCAUUAUAAGUUGCAUUUUCAGUUUAAUUUGGGGAAACCACCUGAAGCAUUUAUUGUGUUGAGCUAUUUCAAUUGCUUUUUAGUGGGGGUUGAAUAAUUUUGAUUACAACUGUAUAUGGAGCUGAGGUCAUCUUAGAAUACAGUGUUCCCAAGUUGAGAUGAUGUUUCUCGAAUCAGAGCAUUUCUGGUGGGGACAGGGAUAACUCCCACCAUCCCAGGGGGAGGGGCGUAGAGCAGGGCGAAUCACUAGCUUGGAUCCACAACUCAGCCAAUCUCCUGCUUCUCCUCUCCGCUUGUUACAUCAGCUGGACUAGGCUGCAGUCGCACAGGUUUCUAUCUUCCCACAAAUAAUUGUGAUUCCGGGCAGAUCUGCUUAUCAAGAGGCACCAGACGCUGUUAACAACUUUAGCUUAAUUAAGCAAUUUUGGUAUAUAGAUAAUGCCCUUGCAGUCUCACUGCUCAAUUAUCUGACAUUUAGGAGUCAAAUCACUUUGUUUAUACAUCCCUAUUCACACCUCCUUGCAUGUGACUUACACAGGCUUCCCAAACACUUCCUGUAAAGAGUCGUCUAAUGUUUACACUUCCUUCACUUCCUUUACUGCAAAUUCUGUUUAAUUUAUCAUUUUUUAUCUCCUGCUCUGUUAAUAACUUGCUAGACCUUGCAGGAGCCUCUUGUAUGUAAUUAAAGUUAAAUUUACAGAGCAGUAUUAAAAACCUUUAAAGUAAGGUACAUCUGAAUGAAAAUUAAACUUUUAUUUUUUUCAUGCAGGCUGUGUCGGUCACAGCCAAGGGAGGUUUUGGCUAGGGCUGCAUAAACCGAAACAAAAGUGAUUUAAAGGAACACUAUAGGGACAGGAACACAAACAUGUAUUCCUGACCCUAUUGUGUUAAAACCACCAUCUGGCUCCCCUUGCCUACCUAAAUAUAGUAAAAACGUACUUGUAUUCAAGUCUGUAGCUGCUGCCUCUGCCCCUGAACUGCCUCUGUCUGCUGACAUAAUCAUAAGUGGUGGUCUGAGCCAAUCACAAUGCGUCCACAUAGGAUUGGCUGACAAUGUCAAGGAGGCAGAUCAGGGGCGGAUCCAGCACAAGUCAAACACAGGCCUGGCCAAUCAGCAUCGCCUCAUAGAGAUGAAUUAAAUCAAUGCAUUUCUAUGAGGAAAGAUUAGUGUCUGCAUGCAGAGGGCGAAGACACUGAAUGGCAGUGCUGCACACUAGGCAGGACUGCUCCAUGAAGCACCUCUUGCAGCCAGUGAAGUUAUUAUUUUCUCUGAAAAGACCAUGCUUACAGCAAAAAGCCUGAAGGUAAUGAUUCUUCCUAUCAGAACAAAUUCAAUAAGCUGUAGUUGUUCUAGUGACUAUAGUGUCCCUUUAACUCCUAAAUGGCAGUGAAUUGAGCAGUGAGACUGCAGGGGCCUGAUCUAUACACCAAAUCUGCUUAAUUAAAUUAAAGUUGUUUUGGUAAUUAUAGUGCUCAUUUAAAGCACUAACACGUCAUAGCUAAUGUUACAAUUAGGGAAGUAAUAGUAUCUGCUUGUGCAUGCCUGUUAUGACUAACAAAUUGAAAAAAGAAAAAGCAGAAACAAUACAACCAAAGACGUUGUUCCUCUUUCUUUUUUCUGCUUUUUUCCAACAUUAUGCAAACUAACAGCAUAUAAAACCUGAGACCUGGAAAUUCUCACUGCAAACACUAUAUUCUCUAGACUUGAAUCAAAACCACAAACCAAGCAACAAAAAGUCCAUAAUGAAUUAGAAAGCCACAGGCCAGCGAACAUGGAGCUAAACUGGCCGUCGCAGGAAUCCAGACACACCCUUCAUCUUUCCAGCCUUGUUUUUAAGAGCUUUUCUGGAAAACCCUACCGGAACAAAAUGCUUUCCCCAGCUAUUCCCACUUCCUAUAAGCUCCGAUCCAGUACCAGAACUUUACUUAGUCUACCUCAAUACAAAAAGAAAGCGGCCCGAUCCUCCUUCUCCUACAGAGCACCGCAAUUGUGGAAUGACCUCCCGCACAAUUUAAAAUCUUCCCUAAGCCUAAAGUCCUUUAAGAGAUCCCUCUCUACAUACCUCAAAACAGAAUGCACCUGUCAUGGUUGGUUAUAUAUUUCCUGCCUGUUCCAUGUUAAAUUUUGUAUUUAUUGUGUAUUAAUAUUGUUUUUGUAUUUUGUUGUACCCUAAUGUAACAAUGCAAUGAUUUGUGGACCCAGGACAUACUUGAAAACGAGAGAAAUCUCAAUGUAUCUUUCCUGGUAAAAUAUUUUAUAAAUAAAUAAAUGUUUCUUAAUUCAUUCAUACAAUGCCUUUUAAAACUGGGAAGUGUAUGUGUUUUAUCUUAUUUGUAGCAUAUGUAAAUAUUGUGGAUGCUCCCUGAGGUUCAACGUUGUGUCCCUGCUAGUCUAAAACAACCAUAGUCACAAGUGAGCAUAAUCUGUCUUUUCCAGCAUGGCAUUCUCUCUGCUUUUACAUCCAGGACACAGAGAUAUGGCAUAAUAUCUCGUGCCAAAAGGGCGAGGCGGGAUUCCUCUUAAAGGGACACUAUUUUCACCAAAACAACUUUUGGCUAAUGGAGCAGUUUUGGUAUAGAUCAUGUCCCUGCAGUCUCACUGCUCAAUUCUCUGCCAUUGAUGAUUUAUAUCAAAUUUGUUUCUGUUUAUGCAGUCCUAGGCACACCUCCACUGACUGUGACUGACACAGCCUGCAUGAAAACAUAAUGGAUUUAUUUUCAAUCAGAUGUAUCUUACUUUAACCCCUUAAGGACACAUGACAUGUGUGACAUGUCAUGAUUCCCUUUUAUUCCAGAAGUUUGGUCCUUAAGGGGUUAAACAUUUGUAUCUCCUGCUCUGUUACCUGAACUUUACAUACAGGAGGAUCCUGCAGGAUCUAGCAAGCUAUUAACAGAGCUGAAUAUAAGAAAUUCUAAAUUAAACAGAAUUUGCUAUAAAGGAACAUUAGAUGACUCUCUACAGCAAGUGUUUUGAAAGUCUGUGUAAGUCACAUGUGGCUAUGGCUGCAUCAACAACAUGAUUUAUCUCCUAAAUGGCAGAGAAUUGAUCAGGAAGACUGCAGGGGCAUGAUCUAUACACCAAACUGCUUCAUUAAGCUAAAGUUGUUUUGGUGACUAUAGUGCCACGAGUGCAAACCUACCGGUACCUUAUAUUGUCGUGAUCCCUUUAAAUUCCCUUACUGCAUUUCAAUUUGUAACUUUAAGUUUUUGGAAAAAUCUUUAUGACAACUGAAAAUAAUGUAGUUUGUGUUUCAUUUUGGUUCUACACUACUACAUUAUGAGCGAAGCAUUGAUAUAAUGUUCUUACAAUAAUUCACAUGUGUUGUUUUUUUUUUUUCUUUGACAGCUUUCUACUGAACAGACUGCUCAGCUAGGGACUGAACUUUUCAUUGUUCGGGUAUAAAUCUCCUUGAUCAUUUUAUUUUACAGUGGAAGUUAUGUUUUAACAAUAAUUGGUUUAAAGGGAUGAUAAAUCCUUAAUGUAAAUAGAAGCAAAAGGAGGCAUGGUGCAUGCACAUCAACAUCUGCACUGCACAAACAAUAUUUAUGCUAGAAAACCUGGGACACAAAUCAGCCUGAUGGCUGUAAGGGCGCAACUUAGCACCUUUGAAAUAAUUGUGCCAGUUUCUGUUGAAAUCUCUUUUUUAAAGUGUGAAAUAGGAUACAAUUUGUUAACCUACUUUACUUUAGCUUUAGAGAUUUGGAAUGUUUCUUUAAGUCUGUUUUUGAAAUCUGAAUAGUCCAGCACAGCCAUAAACCAGUAUUAUUAUUCUUUUAUUCGGUGUUCACAUCAGGUAACACUUGAACCUGAUGCUAGAUGUGGGCACAAAUAAAGAUACACCAUUGAUUACAAAAUACGAUGGAAUGUUUGUCUUUUCUACAAUUGUUCUGUGUAUUGGCGGAACGAGGGUCCAUGACCUCUUUUAUAGAAUUAAUGCUCUCCUUUUUUACAUUCUCUCUAGCUUAGAUUUAGCGAGGAUUACAAAGAGCAUGAAAUGUAACAUUAAAUGCAGGUUUUGAGAGUUGGUUUUUUUUUUUUUUGGAGGUGGGUGGGGGGUGUGAUUGUCCAUCUUCAAUAUAAUUAAAUAAAGCUGUAAUUUCAGUUUCUAAAAAUGUGCCCAGUAAAACAUUUAAAAGAAAACUGCAGUUUUCGGGUAGCCCACCUUUUUGAAUGCUGUGACACGUGAACUUGUAUUCCAGGCACCUCACUAAUUUCCUUUAAAUGUUUAUAAUAACAAUAAUAUAAAUUAUUUUCCAGCAACUGCUACAAAUUGUGAGACAGAAAACCAACCAGAGCUUGGUGGACACAACCCUGAAGUUCACGCUGAGUGCCUUGUGGAACCUUACAGAUGAAUCACCAACCACUUGCAGACACUUUAUAGAGAAUCAAGGCCUGGAACUCUUCAUGAAAGUUCUUGAGGUGAAGCCCGAUCUGUCCUAUAACAUGAAUAAAUUCAUAGUUUCUGUUUCCAUUUGUAUAACCCAAUGCAGCCCAUGUUACCAUUCCUGCUGUGCAGCUGGAACGGAACCUGCUGGGCGACUGAUCUAGACACAUGUUUAGAAUUCUGUAGUACCAAAGCGUACAGUAAAAUUAUAUUACACCAUACCACACGUUAAUGGAAUAUUUAGUACUACAAGGAGAAAAACAAUGCUUCCCAUUGGGAUUCCUGCCAAACUCUAUCUUUCCCAAAUCUAUCCAUAAAGAGAAAGAGAGACGCAUGGGAAUACAGCACCUGCAAAUAAACAAAAUAAAUGCAAUAGAGUAUUGAUAAAUAAUUGGAUGUAAUGCUAUUGUACUACUUAUUGCAGGAAAUCUGAAAGGGACAUGUAAUGGCUAGGGUUGUCAUUCAUCACAUUUCUUUGCGUACUUCCCCUUUGAGAAGCAACAUUUCAUUAAAGCCCAUUAAACUUUAAAUAUAUCCUUCAAUAUCUGCUUCAAAGAAAUUCCAAUACAGGUGUUUGAUAACGUUUCUAUCUUCAUGACAAACUGGUGAUGGUGCUUUAACUUAAAAUGCAGUCACCAUUGUCUUGUAUGUUAUUUCUAAUGUACAGCCCUGUUUCCCGAGAAACCCAUUUACGUUUACCAACUGUCUUACUGGUGCAGUUCUCUAAACAUCACCAUCAAUUACUAUAAAAAUAUAAUAUUCUUCUUAUACUAUUUUCUUGCUUUAAAAUGAACUCGUAAAACAGCAAUUUGUUAUCUUUCAAUGUAUAGAACUCAUCUUUUAUUACUUACUUUCUCGUUACAGACGUUUCCUACCGAGUCCUCCAUUCAGCAAAAAGUUCUAGGACUGUUGGUAAGUCUGAUUUUUUUUUUUAAUUGUCCCAUUUUAACUGUUUGUUAAUGUCAGUGCAUUGUUAUUUCAAAUGCUGCAUAUAGUCACACCUUUUUAGAUGAUAUAUCAUAUAAAAUGCCAAAACAGCACAUUAAAAUUAUGUAAGAUACAUUGAAAUUCCAGUAUUUACUGCAAACUCCAAGGCUGAGCAGCUUUUGCAAUGAGCUCUCACCAAAUCAGGAAGGGAUUCCCCUCACUUAACUUUCUAUAGCACUGCAGAACCUAUCCCAUAAACACUGUUUAGUUGUGAGAGUUGUAGUUCAUUUACCAGUCUUGUACUAAAAUUAAAAUCUAAACUACAACUCACAGAAACCUAAAGGGGCAAUAUAGGCACCCAGACCGGGUCCGUUGCGGAGUUGCACUCCGCUAUCCGAUGGACAUCCUUUCACUUUACAUGAGGAUGUUUAAGAUCUUCCAUGUUCAAUGUUUUAACAUCUUCUGUUGAUUCUGUGCUUUUCUAUGGGGAAACUUUAAAGCACGCUUAGCACUAGGUCCAACAAUCACUAUAUAUAUAUGAAAUGUCCCACUCAAGGGGCAUGCAAAACAACAUAACCAUAACCACAACAGUCCACUGUAUUCAUUAUAUUGCCAAGAGUCAGUAAGCGCUGCUCAUCGGUGCCCACAAUAUGUGCCCACAUCGGUGCUUCUAAGUGGAUGACAUUUGAGAUUCUAGGCAGUAUAAUCACUACAGCAAGCUCUAGACAUUCCAUGCUUCCAAAAGGUUUUCCGGUACCAGUUUGUGAUAACGACAUUGGUCCUUUAGGGUUUUAAAUCAUUAGUACUUGUUGUAAUAUUGUUGGUUGCUGCAAUGUUGCUCUAAGCUGCUCCUCAUGUCUUUGAUAAUUCUCCUGCUCAUUGCAGAACAACAUUGCAGAGGUGAAAGAGCUGCAUUCUGAGCUCAUGUGGAAGGAUUUCAUUGACCAGAUCAGCAAGCUGCUGCAUAGUGUGGAGGUAGAAGUCAGUUACUUUGCAGCUGGAAUUAUUGCACACCUUGUAUCUCGGGGAGAAGAGACAUGGACCCUGGGUUCUGAGCUAAGGAACAUGUUACUGGAACAGCUGGUUAGUAUUAUGUGCCCUGGCAGAGACCGUCACAUGCUCAGAAUGACAGUACGACCACUCCCAGUCAUAACCACCACACACUAGGGCUUUUUUUUUAUUCAUUGUGUGUGUGUGUGUGUUUUUCUUUUGCUGCAUUUCAAUUACAAUCUUUCUGUUCCCUUAAAAUUAAUUCCCCAAACAGUAAGUUGUAGUGAAAUGAACACUGUCUGCAUUUUGAUAUUUAAAGAUCUGUUUUUCCAACACUCCUGUUUCUCCUUGCAUUUUGCAUUAUACCAGUCUGCCCCAUUAGCUUAUUGUAAAGUGAUUCCGUGAUGAAAUUUCCAUAUUUAUUUAGGGCUACUAUAUAUCUCCUGUAUGGUUAGUUCACGGACAAUCUGUUAGAAGCAGCCUUUCCAUUCAUGUCCCAUGUGGUUAAUUUAUGGAUAUCCUUUGUAAAAAGCCUGCCACUGCCAAUUGAUCUAUUUUGUUAUUGUACUUCUUGUUUGUUGUGAUUAACUGUAUGUAAUAGGAUUUUGUAUGGUUUUCAGCAAUCAGCGAUCCUAAGCUGGCCAACACCGGAAUGUGAAAUGGUGGCCUAUAGGUAAGACCUGUAUCUAUUGAUCUCAAUUUAUUGGCAGCGAUACCUAAUAACAUUUUGUUGAGCAGCAGAAGAGUACGAUACAGUUCGGAAUAUUUGCAUAAAAAAAUAUAGUGUUAAAACAAUAAGACUUUUAAUCAAUACUUUGAAUUUAAAUCUAAAUGCAAUUAUAAUUUUGAUUGACAAGGAAAGGUAAGGCAGAGUCCAUUGAAAGAAGUACGGGUGAAGAGACGGAGUUAUAUUAGUAAAUCAUCAGUGAGGGAGAAGUGCAAUAGAUGUAGAGGCCUUUCUUCUACCUGAGGGUUUUACAAGAAGAACCUUACUAUGCGGUUAUUUGUUAACCAGAUUUAUUUUUAUUUUUUUUCAUUGAAUUGUUUUGUAUGGGGUGAUCAUGUAUUAUUCCCAAAAUUUAAACAGUUUUUGAGAGAAAUUUUCUUUAUUUUGUAGUGUUACUUUAGGUACCAAAACAACUUUAGCUUAAUGGAGCAGUUUUGACGUAUAGAUCAUGCACCUGCAGUCUCACUGCUCACUUCUCUGCCAUUUAGGAGUGAAAUCAUUAUUGUGUCUAUUUCUGCAACCUUAGUCAUCUCUCCCCACGGCUGGGACUCACAUAGCCUCCAAUAUGAAAAAUGGUUCAUGUUUCAGGCAGAUCUAACAGCAAAUUGUGUUUAAUUUAGAAGUUCUUAUCUCCUGCUCUGCUAAUUGAACUUAAAUAACACACAGAAGGCUGCUGUAGGCUCUAAAAGGCUAUUAACACAGCAGGAGUUACAAAUUUCUAGAUUAAACACAUUAUGCAAUAAAAGAAGCUUACAUAUUUAAACUUUUCUUGGGAAGUGUGUACGGACGUUUUUUUUUUGUUUUUUUUUGCCUCCUCUUGAAUUUAUCAGCACCAGCAUUGAUACUUCCAAAAAUCGAUAUGUUAUUCCAUUAAAGAAGUGUAAUUGAUACAGAACUUCAACAUGUUGCACUGUAAGUAGAUAAACUAUUUAAGUGUAAACUGAAUUGACCUGUAUUGUGCCUCUUUCUUUGCAGGUCCUUUAACCCUUUUUUUCCACUCCUCGCGUGCUUUGCCACACCUGGUGUGCAGCUCUGGGCAGUGUGGGCCAUGCAGCAUGUGUGCAGCAAAAACCGUAUGUAUUUCUUAGAAAGUCCCUAAAGCAUUAGUAUGUGUUUUGAAAAGCUUAAUGCACUAAUUAGUUAAAGGGGCACAAAUAUGCAGGAAGUGACCUUCCAUUGUUUUAAUGCAGUAAAAAGAUAUGCGAAAAAAAAUAAUAACCAGUAAAGAAAAUGUCUUAAAUUCUCCAAUAUAGCACAGGCUGGCCUUCUCAUAUCACGCAGAAGCUGCUUGUGGUCUGUUACUUUUUAUUACUUUAUAAACCCUUCUGCAUCAUCACAUGCUAUACGGUUAUUCACACAAGUUAGAAUUCAAAGUGAAUUUAAGGCUAAAAUUGUCACUCUGCAAGCAAAGCUAGACUUUUAUUUUUUCCAGUUCCACUAUUGUGACCUUCACUUUGAAUUCUCACUUUAGUAUUAGUAUACUGUAUAACCGUUAUUUUGUUUGUCCAUAGUUUACAGACCGAGGGGAGAGUAAAUUUCUUCAUUUGACACCAUUGAUCGAGGGAGUUAUCUUCUAGGAAAACACCUGUUUUUCCCCUCUUUCCCAACCUGCAGUUACCUUCCUUUUCUCUAGAAAUACAGCUGACAUGAUGUCAUGAUUUGGGUUUCUCAAAGUUGUUUUCAUCUUUUAGCAAUUUAACGCUUGAACCAUAACUCCUGGGAAAACCCCUGCUCUACCCCAAAAACACUGCUUCUGAAAUAAUCUCAUCAUUGUUAAAGGAAGUUAAACUUCUUGUUGGUUUGUUAAAUGCUUAAUAUAUAAGCUGGAUGGACAGGGGCUUGCAGAUAAUGCAAUCGCUCUCAGCCAAGGAAAUAAGCCCUGCACUGCCUUCUGGCUUUAUGGUUGGGUUAGUGGUGACGGGGAGUUACUUUCAUUUUUAAAUCCGUAGACCACACAUAAGAAAAAGGAGGAUGUUGUUGCCACGCAGUUAUAUAUUAAAAACAGUAUCUAGUUAUCUAAUGCAAGAGAUGCAGACUUCUUUUUAUGUUAAUCACCACUCUGUCUCCAGCUGUGCGGUACUGUAAUAUGCUGAUUGAAGAAGGAGGCCUUGUGAAGUUGCACCUCAUCAGAGACCACGUGUGUGCUGAUCCCAACGUUCGGCGGAUCACUGCUGCCAUCCUGGAUAACCUAGAUGUGCAUCUAACACGGCAUGGCAACACACCAUGUCCUAAGUCAUCAUUUGCCAAGUAACUUGCCUCAACUCGUAUAUGUGGAUUGAAGGGUUUUGUGCUUUCUAUUGACAAGACAUUGGAGUGGCUGCAGCUGGUGAAGAAAGCUGAAAUUAAGGAAGGAAUUUUAUGUUCCCGCUUGCCCCACCUGCAGUCAUACACAUGGAUUGGUGAUUGCGCAUGCGAACGUCUCAUUUUAACAUGAUCUUGUUAUCAAGCUGGCACUGCCAAAUGUUUUACCUUCGCCCCUGUUUUUCAUCCUAGUUUUUCUUCUUCGCCCAUUACAUACCAUUGUUUUCUCUACAGUUUGCUGAUUUAUCUAAGCCCUCUUUUCAUAAGCAGAUAGGCAUACAAUGUGCAGCUUAUGAUGCUAUGCCAUAUGACUGAGUAUGCUGCUUCUUCGCAGCCAUUUGAGCUUCUGUACAAAUCAUUCCGUGCUAUCUGCCUUCAGCUUAUGCUUUUGGUUAAUACCCCUAACAUCUCGAGUCAGAUCCUUAUGACACCAUUGGCAUCAGUCAAUGCUUAAAUAUAUAUAUAUAUAUAUAUAUAUAUAUAUAUGUAUAUAUAUAUAUAUAUAUAUAUAUAUAUAAGCAUUUUGUAGUGUCUGAGAUAUAAAUGCACUUGCCAGAACUUCAUACUAAUAAAGGGACACUUAAAAAAAAGGGGGGGUUAAGCAAUCUUAAAAAAUACAAACUGUAGUUCUGUAUUUAGAUCAGUACAGCCUUAAAAAGGCAUCUUCUUCUGUAGAUGUCCCUCUUGACCGAAAAAGCAUGGCAAACUUGUACGUAUAUAGUCUGAAUCUUUAGAUCAUAGCGGUUCUGGAUGUUAAAUGCAUUUUAAAGUCUUUCAGCAUUUUUGGUUUUAUCAUGACAACAUUUCUAUGUGACAGUCUAUGUUCCUUAACAGAUUAUCCUGCCGUGCCUUCCUGUUAAUACUCGCUACUGUUCCGACACUUUACUGAACUACAAUACUGAUGGCUAAUCGUAAUGCAGCAGAUGUAAUUUAACUAUAUUUCCCAAUAAAUGAUGGCCAUGCCUUCAUGGAAACAUGGCUUAGAAAUCUGCAAUGCCAGUGUAAGCCAUUUCUGCACUCAGAACCUGCUUCUAGUUAAAAUUUUGAUUUACAUUUCGCUUCCCAUAUUAAUCAGUGUAUAAGACAAACCAAUGUCCAGCCACCAGUCUUCCUGACAACUGGCUUAUGUGCCUAGUUCAGUGGCAGUCAGAAUUAAGAUUCCCAGCUCCAAUUGUGCUUCUCCAGUGAUCUCUGGUCUAUUUAAACCUAAUGUCCUGGCAUGAAAACCAUUCUAGAAAACCAUUCUUUAAGUUUCCAAAGGCAUCAAAUAAGAAGCCAAUUUGAAAAAGAGGUCCUGAUGCAUUAUAGCAGGUUGUGGAGUAUUUGGGACGAGAGAGAGAAUUGUUUUAUACAAAAUUAAUUUUAACUGAGGAGAGGUCUCCCAGGUAGUGCAGCAGAUAAUGAGGUAAUGGAUUUGUUAGCUUAUAUUUUCAGCUAGGCCCCUAAAGGGUUCUCAGGCAGGUAAGUGUACAGAAUGUGCUGAAAUAUGUGAAAAUGAUUUAUCCUAUCUUAGACAAUCUUUCUUGUUGCUGUAUUUGCCUUUAAUUGUAAAGCUGUGUUCUAGAAAAAUAUAUAGACCCUGUAUUUAUCAUUUUUAAGAUUGCAGCUGUUAAUCCUUCAUUUGACCCAUUGCUGUUCUGGGUCGACUUGUAAUCUAAAUUAACAGUCAUCUGAUGUGUGAGAUGGCUUCUAAAACCUCCUUACCACCAAUCUUUUCAAAUGAUGUUAUGGCAGUGAUUACAAUGCUAUGCAAAAUUGCUUGGAGAGGUAAAAAACAAAGAUCUUAAUGUCAAAAAAAUUUACUUUUAUAUUACAGGAAUAAUACAUUUAAAUGCUUAUUUGCAAAUGUGGGAACUGUGGUCAAGUAAUGACCAAAUUGAAAAAUCAAAGCCAAAAUACAUGUUCAGUUGUGUCAUUUUUCCAGCACUAAUUAUUUUAGCCUAUAUUUUUCAAUUCCGUCAUGAAUUCCCAUUGAAAAAUGCAGUUUUUAUGUUAAAUUCCACCAAAGUUAAAUUUUAACUCCAUUAUAUGUUGUGUAUUUAUAUAUAUGUGUGUACUUUUUAUUACACAACCCAUGCACUUUAAUAAAAAAAAAUACAAAAUUGUAAUAGGUAAAAUUAUUUAAAAUAUAUAUAUAAAAGCCAUGAGAAACUUGUUUAAUGUGUUACAGAAAAUAAUAUGGAAGUGAUAGAAGCAUAUGUUGCAUGAAAACAAUUUAAAAGUAAGUCAGCAGUUGGUUACCACGGUGACUGCUACACAUUUGGCACAUUACCCCCUCCCCUAUUUUAUCUAUACUUCUCUAACUGCCCCAAUGUAUUAUAAUUCCUUGUGUGCUUUCCACAAAACAUCUGCCCAGUGUAUAAGAGAAGUAAUGAAACGGACAAUCAUUGCUAGUAUGUUUCCAUUGGCCACUAAUAUUCAAAGCUGUAACACAUGUAUUGGGAGAAAAUGCCACAAAUUAAUUUCUUUGUGUCUAAUCUGGGUUAGUAAACAAACGGAUAAAUAUGUCUGCUCUUUAAAUGACUACAACUUCAGUACGUGGAACUGAAAUGGAAUAAACCAGCAAUAUCCCAAAUGGUGAUAUGUCCUUUUAUAUGAAGUGUUUCAGCAGCUGAUGUCCCCUCGAUUCUUCUUUGGAGCACAUUGCUGUGUUCGUGUUUCAGCGGACGUCCGCUCGAUUCUUCUUUGGAGCGUAUUGGUGUGUUAAUGUUUCUCGAAUCUCACAUGCACCUCAUUCCACAUUUAAUUAAUGCCAAUGGAUUAUUUUAACAAAACUAGCUACUUUGUAAACCCACUAACUAUCCCUCAUUGUCCAUAGACUUUUCUCUUCUAAAGUAUUUUACAGCUGGUGAAGUUGCAAACUGCCCAAUGACAAAUAUAUUGCAUUUAGGAUUUAUUGUAAAGGUAAGGGAAUUUAAGAGAGGGUCACAUUUAGGAUUUACAUUUACAGAAGUUGUCUAAAUACAGUAUAGCAACAGAAAUCUUAUGCGGUACCUCCUGUUUAUAAAAGAUUGGUUCAAGGGGGCAGCGUUUAUAUAUUAUUUAUUAGAUAUCAUGGCAUGAGACACAUGAAGUAACAUACAAUGAGAUUACUAGCCAGAAAGGCUUGCCAGUCUGUUCUUUUGCCAGUUCAGCCCAGGGCGGCGUGAUAAGUUUCAGUGGACCGGUUUUUCAACCAAAUUGUAUUUUAAUUGCAUUGCUAGAUGAACAUAUUUAAACUUUGAAACUCCCAUCUGGACACGUGGCAUUUCAGCAUAGGCACUACUAAGUGUAAUGUUAAGUUUUUGAUGAAUUGCUUAUCAUAGAGUUUAAUAUAUAUUUUAAUCCUUGCAAUUUCAGUGGUUUACCCUAACUAUAAGAAGCAGAAUCUGUUUUUUGAAACAAUAAUAUUACAUCCCAAUGUUGCAUUAUUUUUAAAGUGAGCAAAUAACUAUUUGCUGAACAUAUUGCACUAUAUUUUAUUCUUUUUUUUUUUUUUUUUUAGAAUCAUAGGAAAUUGCACAAUGUCCUGGUGAUUUAAUGUAAAUGUGGCACAAUAUCCUGGUGGUUUAAUUAAUGUAAAUGUGGCACAAUGUCCUGGUGGUUUAAUUAAUGUGAAUUUGGUGGUACUAGUCAAAUCCUCUCUGCCACAUUUAUUAAGUCUUAUACAAACCAAGAACCUGCAAUAACUGAUCCAUGCACACAAGUACCCCCAAUAUUUAAAAAAAAAAAAAAAAAGGUCAUAGACAAGAAUCUAAAUUAAUCUUUCAGAUUUUAAUAAAAAAUUCAGCAACGUUAAUAUUGACAAUGCUGCUUGUUCUAAUUCGAUAAAGCUUCCUUUUAAAACGUUUUGCUUAUGCCCCAGUUCUCAGUUUUGUUUUGUUUUUUGAGGAGGAAUGCACAGUAUCAACCAUAUUUGUGUAUGGAUCUUUUAGAGCCCUUCCAAGUUUACAAAUACCAUUUUUACAUUUGUUCACGGAUGGAAACUGACAAAAUCACGAUCCAGGCCUAUUUAAGUCAUUAACGUAAUGUGCUCUCAAUGGGUGACUUAAAUAAUUCCUGGAGCCGAAUGUUCUCAAUUAAGAUGAGUUAUGUUACGUCAUGCGGUGGAACUGCAGAAAGGUAUGUAUUAGAUGUGACUGUGAUCGAUUUUAUAUUUAGAGCAGAUAUGAUACUCCUGUUUGUCUGGAUAAACUGUAUUUGUUUGAUAACAAGCCAGAUAGUAUUCUAUUAACACUCAAAACAUUUCUAGAAUUUGACCAAGCGUUACCUAGAUCAGGGUAAUCUUACGUACAAGUUUUUGUUUUUGUACAGUUCUUGGCCAUGACAAUACUGUACUAAAUCCUACUGCUAUAGGGAAAAAGGAAUGUUGAAAUAAAUAAAAUCUGGAUAUGUAACUCUUUGGCCUAUAUUCUGUAAGUUUUAACAACGUUAAAUUAGUAUGAUUGUAUGAGAGACAAGCUUUUUCCAUUUGAAUUUUGUCUAUUUUAGCCAUGUUCAUUUUUAGAAUGUAAGGUUAUCACCAGAAACCUGAAUUCAUGUUAAGGACAUUUCUGAUUACCGUAGUUUUUUUUUUGCCUUUCCUUUGUAGAACCAACUGACGGAUAAGAGCUAUUUCCUAAACAAUGUGUGGUGGUGAACUGACAGUAGACCUUCAUAUUUAGACCAAAAUCCCUACCUUCGAUGCUUCUUUAAAGUUGAUUGCCUUGGCAUCAGAUGUGCAAAUCUAUUGUCUGUUCACCUGACAUUGUUUAGUUAGCACCAAGGUUGACUGUCACUUUCUGAGUAAAAAGCCAUCCAGGGGAUUGUUGGGUUUGGGCAGGGGGGGAGGGGGUAAUGCUUACCAAUUGUUUGUUAGACUUGGCUUAACACAAGUAAACAUGCACAAUAAAAAUAAAAUGUAUAGUUUCACUGGGACAAUAUCUGAUCUGCUACUUAUUCAGGUGUCUACUGUAGAUUCAUUUCAGCUGUUGAUGGCAAAUAUGAUGCGUAUGAGUGAGGUAAAGGAAGCUACCCAUUAAUGUCAUUAAAGAUUCACUGUUUCUGUCCAAAUUCGUAGAAACCAAAUUAGCUGCAAAAAUCAGUUACCUUCCUAGGAAAGCAUUGUACUUUCUUUCAGAAAAUUGGCUUUUAAUCCCUUGCAGAAAUUAACGAGCAAUUUGUUUAAAAGAAUAGGCAAAACAUAUUGCAUUGUGGGC